CAGUAGUCCAUCCACCGUCCGUCAAUAGUAGAUGAAUGAAAGUUCGAUUCUAUGAUAGUUUUUAGGGUUUUACCAGAAAUAUUGAAGUAAAAGAAAAGUAAUUGUGAGAUUUAUGUGAAAUUAAUGAUCGAGAGUACCUUAAAACGGAUGUUAUCUCAAAGCUAAUAGAACUAUGUAAUUCGAAAAAUUAGUACUGAUAACAAUUCAGAUAGUGGUCCUUAUUAUUUAAUCUAUGAAUUGACCUCCAACAUAUUCAUUGCAGUGUAUCCACUAAUUAUUGCAACUUCACUUCAAAGAAACUGGAAUCACUACUGAACUAGCAGAGUGAAAAAUCUACACAACUAGAUGAAGUUGUGGAUUUAAAUAGAAAUCACGUGAUUUAAAACUGCCAUUCACUUAUAAAAGAAAAUAAACAGUCUAUCAUUUUAUAAGUUUAACUUGCAAUUAAUUUACUGAACUAACCUUUGGAAUUGAAUCAAUUGUAUUUUUAAGCACAGUAAAUGAGGAUUUCUUUUGUAUAAAGUUUUUUAAGGUUUUAAUCAGUGCCCAGAAUGGAAGAAAAACUUGAAUUUGGAGCCAAUAGGCUUGUUCAUUUAGAUCUUAAAAGAGCACCAUUGAAAGUAGAUUUUAUGGAGAAGAUUUUUCCUUUUUUCCGGGAAUGGGGAGCAACUGGUCUUCUUAUUGAAUGGGAAGAUACUUUUCCAUAUUCUGAUAGUUUAGAAUGUAUUGGUUCACUUAAUGUUGAGUCCAAAGCAUAUUCUGUUGCUGAUAUUGAACGAAUUCUCAAAUUGGCUGAGAAUUCAAACCUCUCUGUAAUUCCAUUAGUACAAACAUUUGGUCAUUUAGAGUUUGUGCUGAGGCAUGAAGAAUGGAAACAACUUAGAGAAGUUUGGAAAUACACAAAUGCAUUGUGCCCAAGUAAUCCAAAAUCACUUUCACUGGUUACCAGUAUGAUUGACCAAGUUAUUUCAAAAAUGCCUAAAGACUUGCAGUAUUUCCAUAUUGGAGCUGACGAGGUUUGGCAGUUGGGUUCAUGUAGUUUCUGUUCAAGUCAAGAUAAACAUGUUGUUUUACUUGAGCAUUUAGUAUCUGUCCUGAAACAUUUUAAGGAGAACUAUCCUCACAUAAGGCCGAUUAUGUGGGAUGAUAUGAUUAGAGGAGUACCUGCUUCUUUGAUCCAAGCACAUUCCUUAAGUGAGUUAGUUGACAUAAUGGUUUGGUUUUAUGAGCCUGCUCCAUUCUUCAAUAUACCCAUUGAUUUAUGGAACAAAUAUGCAACCAUAUUUAAGAAGGUUUGGAUUGCUUCAGCCUACAAGGGAGCAACUGGAGCUUGUCAAAUAUUGCCAGUAAUACAACACCAUGUUAGUAACCACGAGCAAUGGCUUGCAUUCAUAAAAUCGUCAAGGGCUGAAAUUAAAGGAAUUGCUAUUACAGGAUGGUCUAGGUAUGACCAUUUUGCUACAUUAUGUGAACUUCUCCCUUCAGCUUUACCUUGUUUAGCCAUUUGCUUAAGCAUUUGUAAAGAAAAUGAAUAUACUGAGGAAAUUUUUAAAAAAGUUGCAACUUCCUUAGGAUAUGAUCAAGUUCCUUUACUCACUAAUCCAUAUCCGAGGCCUCAAGCAGUUGCUCCAGAUUUAAAUUAUCCUGGAUGGAAAAUAACUACUGGUGUGGAAUGGCUUGCUAAUCUCAAAGGCAAACAUAUGGCAAUUAUAAGUUCUGACCAAGUUGGAGCUUGGAUGAAUUCUUGGCAGCUUUCAACUGGGUUUAUAAACCCCAUGCAAAUCCAGGGCAUUGUUAGUACACUUUUCAACAUUGGAGAGGAAUGGGAAGCUUUAGAAACUUAUAUGCGAGAUCACAUGAGUGAAGCUUAUUACCAGCCUCAGAUUGAAGAAUGGAUAGCUACACACUGCAAACCGCUCAAGGGGAAAGCAAAAGAACUUUAUAAAUCGGGUCAUGAUCUUAUCUCUGCUCAGUUAGGAACCGAAUCACUGCAGAUGCCAACUCAAUUUUUUCCAACUCCUAGACCAAUAUGAUAGGCAUCCUUUAUUAUUUAAAAAAAAACUUGUAUGUUCAAAUAUUGAAAAGUGAGAUAGCUUAGUGAGUUUUUAUAUGUAAUAAAAUGAUUUGUACUCAAUUCUUAUUUAUGUAGAUUAGGUUUUUUUAUUAAAGUACAUAUGGAGCUUGAUAUUGAAUGUUUCUUUGUAUGUUCAUCACUUUGAAUUAUUCGACAUAAUUACUUCAUUAUUAAAGAAAAUUAGAAGAAGAAAAAAAUGUAUAAAUACACUGCCAAAAAAUUUAAAUUUAUUUUUUAAAUAGUAAUAUAUAAUUCUCCUACAGCCCUUAAAAUAAAUAUGAAGCACUUGAUUAGUGAAUUUCUGGGAAUUAGUAUCUUCUAGAAUUUUUCAGAUAAAUUUAGAUCAGUCCUGUGUUCCAAGCAACAGAUUUAUUACUUAAUGUCAAGUUAUUGCAUUGUAGGGUUGAUUGUUUCCAGGAAGUUCUAUCCCAAUAUAGUCACCAUUCUUGAAUUAGCUGCACCCUUUUUGCAUUGGGAAGCAAAUUAAUUUAGGCAUACAGGUCUACACGAUUGCCUGUAACAACUUACCAAUAGCAUUUUCAAAAACCUUAAAAUAGUUACAAUUAAUUAUAUUCAGCUCAUUCUUGAGCCAGGUCAUGGGUCUUGGGGUUUUCAGAAAAGAUUCCAUUAUUAAAUAUUUUUUAUUCUAUAUUAUUUUGACAGUGCCA